AUGUUUUGGAGCGAUUCCUCAGAACCUGACCUGCAGCAACUGUGGGCGGGCAAUGAACUAUAUCAGACCCUUCCACAAACCAUACCCUCUAAUGACCAACUAAGGGCGGAUGGGUUUGGAUGCGAUAUUAGGCAUGGCCUUCAGCAUCACAACAAGAAUCCAACCCGGUUCGUUCCGUCUCCAGUACCCACAGGGAGCGUCAGUACCACACCACACAUAGAGAAGGCACAAUCCAUGAUGAGCGUGCUUCCUUCGAUUCCACACACUGGAUACCUCACCACGCCAGUUGCACAGCCUCAGCCUCAACCGAGUGUUCCAAAGGCAUUCAUCCCAGUUCUACCAGCCAACCAGGCGGAAGCAAACGAACCGCUGCUUUGGUGGGGAUCGGACCACUGUUUCACCGUCUUUGGCUAUAGCAAACCCCCGGGUCAAGCAAGCGAGGAGCAAAUUACAGAACGAAUGUUGCGGGACAACAGUCUUUUUAUUCUUCAAUUCAGCAAUGCUACCGAAAAGUCAAUCGACGACGCACUGGCUGGCGACAGUGAAGAAGCCACGCGAGGCCUGUAUACGGUCGAUAGUAGCCGUCUGCCCUCAUCGUAG